CCAAGCAGCACCUCCCGUUUCCACGCAGGAGCGCACUAUAGUUUACUGUAGCAUCAGCACUGGAGAUGUACGCCAGCUUCACGCUCAGCAGACACCACGGACACACACGUCCUCUAUAGUUGACUCCCACUUGACAAAAACAGUACAAAAUGAUUCGUAUCUCUUCGUUUGCAACUUGAUUUUACGCGAUGUGGUGGUGUUUGGAUUAAGUUUCCGCGUCGUUUCGAGGGACACUCGGUGUGGAGGAAAAUGAGGAUAACAGACGGUGCUCGCAGAUGAUGAUGUCCCACCAUGAACGCAGAUUUUCAAAAUCCACCACGAGUCCCUCGACCAAAGAUCCGCACUCAUCUGAACAUCAAAGUGCAGUCCAAACUGAUGUCCAGACCGUGUCCCCCUGUACAUGGUCCAAAGCCCCCUGUGGCCCCCAAGCCCAGACCCUUUUAUAAGCUUCACACACAGGAGGAGCCCUGCCCCCCACAGAGCCUGAGCAACGGAGACCUGGCUCACUCUGAUGGGGAGACGGAGGAUAUCAGUGAAAUAGCUGAGGAGAAUCAGGACAAAGGGGAGAAAAGUGAGGCAGAGGAUGCUGUUGAUGACAGUGACACGGAGAACAAUGGCAAAGAGGGCACAGUAGAAGAAGAAAACGAGGAGGAGAGAGAAGAUCUAUUAGAAAAUGAUGGCGAUAGCAUUGGCUCUGACGACACUGUCAAAGCAGACGAUGGCUCGACUCUUGAAACUACUGAUGAGGAAAACACUGACAAUGACUUGAAGCAGAAUAAAGGUGGCAAUGACACUGAUGAUGAGGCUGAAUCGACAGCCUCUGUUCAGCCUGCUGAGAUGGAGGAGGAAACAGAGGAAGAGGAGCUGAGUAGUGCGAAGACUGUUAUACUAAGUGGCUCUAUAGAGGACUGUGAUGGACAUACCGAGGAAGAAAGCCCUGCUCAGUCACUCAGUAAUGGUGACAAUGAUUCAGGACUUGAUGAAGACGGUCCAAAAAGUGAGGACUGUCAUGAGACCAAGCUGGAAGCUGAAGAAUUCGCAUUUGGAUUCAGCUUACUUCCAACUGUAACUGAGGAGUAUCCUUAUGAUGUGAUCGGCGCAACAGAUGAUGCUAGUGAUACAUGUGAGUCAUGUGACCCAGCUGACGCUGGCGACACAGAGGUAUGGCAGAAAGAACGGGCCACCAAAGACCCCUCUGGCUGCUUUCGUUUCACAUCCAGUACUGAAGAUGUGUUUGGGCCUUAUUCGGUCAUCGAAGCUGUUCCUGCUGACGUGUCCACGACUGCUGACCCCGAGUGGUGUCAGGAUGAAUCUGAUGAGGCACCUUCAAACGAACUGCAAACAGCAGGUGCAUCUAACCAAGAACCUUAUUAUGUGUCAUCAGAUGAUGUGGACAAGCUUGAGGAUAAGCAAGUCCUCUCAGAUCAGGGGGAGACUGAUAAGAGCCCCGAGGAGUCGAAUCAGCAUAAUGACAGAGCAAAGGAUGGUGAGUCAGCGGAUGAGUAUGCAGACAUUGACGAGUCUCUCUGCAACAAAACAGAUGACUUGGAACAGUUGGAGUGCGUUUCCUCUGAGGAUUACGUCGAGAUUGGAGAUGAGGAUGAAGAGGAAGAAAAGGAAAAGAAACACAUUAAAGGAAAAACUGCAAAGGAAAGAACAGCCAAGCGAGAGCAGGCUUUCCUCAGCAAUCGGUCAAGCUGUCAGCCUCGCCUCAGGUUGUGCAACAUCACAGUACCAGCAGAUCUAGACCUGGGCCGUACCCCAGAACUCACCAACAGGGUGGUGUUUGCCCACACCACCGAGGCCUUCGAAGAAGACAUUGAAGAGCUGGACUGCCAUAUUGUGCCUUACUAUGAAGACACAGACUCAGACAGUGAAGAGCAUAUCUACGAAGAGGCAGGGUUUGACUCUGAAGGGGAGAACUUUGUGUUGCUCGAUCGUAAGACGAUUGUCACACGGUCACGCUCUUAUUCUGGGAAAGUUCCUGGUUAUGUCCCAGAAACUGUACCAGAGGAGACAGGGACAGAGUACCAGACUCAUGAUUACUGUACAGUGGCCUUGGAUAAGAACAAUGAAGGAUUUCAAAGUUCACAGCAGCCUGGGGUCAACUGUUUGAUCCCCUCCAUGAAAUCUCGCCGCUUCUUGUUGUAUUCCCGCUCAGCAGAGGGUCCAGAACUAUCCUUGACGACUCCAACAGAGUUUGGCCAGUCUCUGAAGGAUGAUAUAAGGAUGAAGAGGAAAGAUGAUACCCUUUCACUACCAUGUGUCAUAACCUCUUCUGGAAGCUUCUCACAGCGUAGCCAUCAGUCGUCCAGUGGCGUUUCAACACCGACAUCUCUAGUGGAUAUUCCACCACCAUUUGAGUUGGCGUACAUCACCAAGAGACCGGUCACCAAGAGUUCCCCUUCGCUUCUGAUCCACCAUGAGCCCAACGACAUACCUAAAAAGAAAAAGUCCUCUUUCAAGCGCUUCCUUGCUCUUAAGUUCAAGAAAAAGACAGACUCGAAGGGUUUCAGUGAUGGAAGUGUCCGCUCUUCACGAUCUUCCUCCGAGUCUAGCCAUCAUGGCCCAUCAAGAGUCAUAGAUCUCGAUCGCAGAAGCACCGGCAGCUCUCCUCAGCUUCAGUCCCGUAUGGUGAACCCCCAGCAGCGUACCUCAGACCUGCCAUCCACCUUUGUUCUCUACAACCAGAGGAGGAAUGGCGACCCCAAAGCUUACGGCAGGGGUGUCUCAAGAGUCGAGUCCUUCGAGGAGCGUUCUCGGCGCUCUGUCAUGCCAUUGCCAUUGACCAAGCCUCGCUCCAUCUCCUUCCCCAGUGCCGACACCUCAGACUAUGAAAACAUCCCAGCCAUGAGCUCGGACUACGAGAACAUUCAGAUACCAGGUCGACCGAUCAGAUCACACACUGUGACUGAGUUCUUUGAGGACCCAAACCGCAGUUCAGUUCCCUGCAAUGAGAAUGACGGUUAUGUGGAUAUGAACAGUUUCCCAGGGAUUGACAGCAAACCGCAGAUAUCAAAAGACGACACUGAAAGUGCCUACACUGAGCCUUUCCCAAUGAACCCUGUUUCUGCUGGGCUGUCAGCAGACGAGGACCACGGACGGACCUCAGAGGAGGAGGAGGGGGCUGCAGAGCAAUGCUACGACCGGCAGAUUGAUGGCCAUUCCCGGGCUUUCUACGUCGCUAAAGAGCUUGUCGACUCAGAGAGGCUACAUGUCAGCGCUCUCAAGCACCUUCACGAGGACUUCAGGUCAGCAGCGAUGGAGGCAGAGGGUGAAGAUGGGGAGCCUGUCCUGGAGGAGCAGAGGUUAGGAGAGAUACUGGGCGUGCUCCCCCAGGUCUACAACCUUCACAGCAGCAUCCUGUCAGAGCUGGAGGAGCGUGUCAGUCAGUGGGAGGAGAGCCAGAGGGUGGUGGAUGUCAUCCUGUCUCGUCAGGAGGAUUUCCGUGUGUUUGACACCUACAUCUCAGAGUAUGAUCGCAGCAUGUCUUUACUGGAGGAGAGCUGCAGGAAAAACCCGGCCUUCGCUAGUAUCGUCAAGAAAUAUGAGAUAAAAAGCCCAGAAGAAGCUGAGGUCCCACUGAAGCACCAGCUGCUGCAGGUUAUAGUGAGAGUGCUUCAGUAUCGAAUGCUGCUCACAGAUUACCUGAACAACCUCUCUCCUGACUCUAAAGAAUAUGAGGACACACAAGCUGCCUUGGUGAUUGUGUCCGAGGUUGCAGACGAGGCCAACGACAAUCUGAAACAAGGGGAGAACCUGCUGCGUCUGGUCCACAUAGAGUACAGCGUGAAGGGCAAGAGGGACCUCCUGAAGCCCGGAAGGAUGUUUGUCAAAGAGGGAACACUAAUGAAGGUCUCCAGGAAAAGCAGGCAGCCCAGACACCUGUUUCUGAUGAACGAUAUAAUGCUAUAUACAUACCCCCAGCAGGACGGUAAAUACAGGCUCAAGAACACGCUGUCUCUGUCUGGAAUGAAGGUGAGCAAACCUCUCCUUGACAAUGUGCUGAACUGUCUAAGGAUUGAAGUGUCUGACAUCACAAUCACACUCUCAGCCAGCUCGGUUGGAGAAAGGGAGGACUGGUUCCACACUCUGAGUCGAGCCAUAGCAGACCACGCUGCAGGUCUCUGUACAUUCGGUGGACCCUGCAGUGAAGUAAGAACAGCCCGUGAGAAGCUGUGGAUGGCUUUGGGUGAAGCCGCUCCAGUGCUGGUGCCAGUUUCUCAUGUGAUGAUGUGCAUGAACUGUACCUCUGACUUUAGCCUCACGCUGAGACGACACCACUGCAACGCAUGUGGCAAGGUUGUGUGCCGUGCUUGUUCUAGGAACAGAUACCCACUAAAGUACCUCAAAGACAGGGUAGCCAAAGUAUGUGACCACUGCUAUGCCGAGCUCAGGAAAAGAGGAGGCAGCAUGUCAGGGGCCUGUGGUAACUCCAGUCCUCGAACUCACAGAGCCAGUCGGCCGCUUUCUGCCGUCUUCCAGAGCCUGCAGCCACCAAGUUUGUGGAAAAACAGGAAGAGCACCUCUUCUCUGAACCAGGUGGCGCUGGCAGUAGAAGGCUCCACCAUGAGCGGCAGCCUGCAGCGCCGGAAAAAGAGCAAGAGGAAAUGGAAGCGGCUGUGGUUCCUCCUCAAAGACAAGGUGCUCUACACCUUCACAGCCCGUGAGGACAAAGUGGCUUCAGAGAGUCUACCACUGCAGGGCUUUACAGUCAAGUUGACUGAGAGACCAGAGGGCGGGGAGAGCACCAACAUGUUUCAUCUUUAUCACAAGAAGACCCUGUACUACACCUUUAGAGCUGACGAUCAACACACAGCACGCAGAUGGGUCAAUGCCAUGGAGGAGGCUACUGUUUUAUAGCAGCUGCUCACACCCUGCUGUCUGUGACUGCUAGUACACAACAUAGCUACCUGCUGCAUCUGAACUCUAUCAGUAAGGAUUCAUCACAGCUGACCUGCUGGGGAAUAUUGUGACAAUGGGUCUAUUUCAUCAGCAGAAUGGACCUGGACAAGGCUGCCACCCAGUGGUAGUCAGAGGAACACUACCAUGUCAACAGAAGUGGAAUCUUCUCUAUGGAGUCUGGUCUAUAAGAUAAACACUCUUCUGAUCCCAGUUUGCUGAUCCAGCAGAAAGCAGAAGCCUUAACCUUUAAAGGCAGCUCAGAUUAGUCAAACGCUCUCAUUAAAGGACAUUUUGUUUCUCAUGUUUUAUUUUUUUUUAAAGACGAACUCACUGAAGGUUUCUCUUCUACACAAUUUCUUGAUUUCCUUUUUUUUGUACGUUGUUGUCUUUUAUCACUGGAUUAUUUUACCACUCAUUUGUUCCUGCAUUUUUAUACAUGAGACCUUGACCCAGCCUUUUUUCUGUGAUGGAAUAAUAUUCUUUAAAAUGAUCAGAACAAACUAUGCUAUGAUAGUAUUCACAGUUAUAAAAGAGGAAAUAUUUGCCUUUUGAAAUAUAUAUAGUGAAUUAUAAACUGCAGAUAUUACUGACUUGUUUGUAUAGAAAUCAUGUGACAUGAUGUUCUGAGUAACAGGUCAUUUAGCCCACCAUAGUGUUUGUACAUUUUAUGACUUUAUGAGAUUUCUACAUGUAAUGAGCCUACUGAAUGACCCUCAGCAUGACGACGAUUCCACACAGUUUCUUUAAUCUUUCAAAGAUGCUUUGAAUCUGUAGUUUUUGAAAAAUGUUUCAUACUCUUCUAAAGUGCCAGUUGAUUUCUUCCAGUUGAAUGCAGUGCAAUUUGCUAUUGAUGAAUGUGCCUGAGAUGACAUUGAAUAUCUUUUUGUUAUCAAAGUACUGUACUACUGUUGAGUCUCCUCCACAGACCUUGACUACAUUUGCUUUUUGUCUACUCUUGAAUACCGAGUCCAUGUAGUAUUUUCAGCAGCUCAGUCACAGUACAGUAAAAUAAGAAUAUAUGUUAGUGCCCCUGUUACUCUCCCCUUCUCUCAUGCUGUAUAUACCCUGAUAGAAAUGUUGAUUCUUAAACUUUAACUCUUCAUACUGUCCACCUACAGCCUGUCCAUGUCAGAUUCAUCUGAGCCGCUCAUGUCUUCAGCAGUAGUUAUGACACUGGACUCUUUCUCUUCACUGCAGUCUCUACAUAAUCACUCCUUUCCUUUUCAAUAACCUCAAGGCAUUACUUUCAGAAUGCAGCUGAACUUUAUGUGAUCUUUUAACCCGUCUCACUGCAUUAUUUCAAAAGCACACAUUUGUUCAUCAUGUACUGUUCUGCUUUUCUACAUGUGUUUUAUGUGACAUCUCUAUAUUCUUAUUAUGGAUUGUACCUCUUGCAUACUGUGCAUUGUAAAUGUUAAUGUAUAUAGAAGCGUAUAGAAAUAAACUCCUUUAAAAUCUUA